AGGAUUCCAACAAUAUAGAGAAUCUUUUUUAUUCAAAUCAAAACAAACAGAUUUCAGCAUAUUAGCGCAUUCUCUUAGUUAUGGAACAUGUCUAGGUGCUACUUCCUUCAAUAAAAGACACGACCAAAGCUCAACUCGGCUAUUCCAGAUUUGGACCACAAUGCUAUCGACAAGUAUUUUCAUGAUGUUUCUCAGCAUCAAUAAAUCAUUAACCACAGAUGUCUACAGAGCUAUUGGUGAAUCUAUCAGUGGUAUUUUAAUAUGCUAUGUGGCAAUAUGUUCACAUUCCGUACAUUCAGUAAAGUGGAAAUUAUUAAAAAUACAACUGGAGAGAUUUGAGCAACUCUUUUAUGCCUUGAAAUACCAAUCUAGAAGAAUCAUGUCCAAAGUGUUUAUCGUGGUAUUGAUAUGGGCAUGGCACGGACUUAUUGGCAUUUCAUUGAUAUGCAUCCCCAUUAGAACGUGGCAAGAAAAAACGAUUUUCUACACAGCAAACUUCUACAUCAGUGUAGUAUCAACUAACAUUUUCAUCAUGAAUGAUAUGUUAUCAGAGAGAUAUAUGUUCAUCUGCUCGAAAUUGAAAGAGCUCACGGAAUUUCCUUGUAUGACUCGUUCCAAGCUGAAAUUAAUCAUUCGGUUCAUGAAAGCAACUGAUGAAAUGGUUGAUACACUGAAUAUCAUCUUUGGGUGGCCCAUGCUCUUCUGUGUAAACAGUACAGUUGUAGAAGUCGUGAUAGAAACAUUCUACCUAAUUACGUUAAAGCGAACGGUUGGAACACUCAUACUAAGUUCAUUUAUUACUGGUUGGAAGAUAGUGGUUCUGGUGAUCAUGGUAAUGUCGUGUAAUGCAGUGGAAGAGUGCGGGAAAAACGUGGUACAAGCUUGCUACAAGCUUCACCACAAGACAGCUAACAAGAAAAUGAAGAGCCAGAUUCUGCUGUUGGCAACAUAUGCAGAAGAGUGGCGACCAGUUUUUUCAGCAGCUGGAUUUUAUGAUGUCAAUCAAAAAUGUCUCAAUUCGAUAUUUUCGGCAAGCAUCAAUUAUCUUGUCAUUAUCAUUCAGUUUAAUAUGAUGGUAUCCAUUCCCAAGAAUACCUGAAUUAUAGUCAUGUAAAUAAGGAAGGAAAACUGUAAUUUAAAAAAGCAUGUCUUAUUAUAACUUAGGCACCUACAUCUAUUAUGAGAAAUAGAAUAAUA